CCUCCUCCCGGCGCCCGCGCUCGGCGGCCGCCCCGGAACCCGGCCAGCGCGCGGGGGCGGGAGGCGGGUGCUCCGAGCUGGCGGCAGCCCCGGCCUCCCCCGGGCCCCCGGCCAUGUCGGCCGAGGAGAUGGUGCAGAUCCGCCUGGAGGACCGCUGCUACCCGGUGAGCAAGAGGAAGCUCAUCGAGCAGAGCGACUACUUCCGCGCCCUCUACCGCUCCGGCAUGCGCGAGGCCCGGAGCCCGGAGGCCGGCGGCCCCGAGGUGCAGCAGCUGCGCGGCCUCAGCGCCCCGGGCCUGCGCCUGGUGCUGGACUUUAUCAACGCCGGCGGCGCCCGCGAAGGCUGGCUCCUGGGCCGGCGCGGGGAGCCGGGAGGUGUCGGGGAGGAGGAGGAGGACAUGGACGAGGUGAGCCUGCUGUCCGAGCUGGUGGAGGCCGCCUCGUAUCUGCAGGUCACGUCCCUGCUGCAGCUGCUGCUGUCCCAGGUGCGGCUCACCAACUGCCUGGAGCUGUACCGCCUGGCGCAGGUGUACGGGCUGCCCGACCUGCAGGAGGCCUGCCUGCGCUUCAUGGCCGUCCACUUCCACGAGGUGCUGUGCAAGCCCCAGUUCCACCUCCUGGGCUCUUCUCCUCAAGCCCCCGGGGAUGUCAGCCUGAAGCAGAGGCUGAGAGAGGCCCGGAUGACCGGGACUCCUGUCCUCGUGGCGCUGGGGGAUUUCCUGGGGGGACCCCUGGCCCCUCACCCCUACCAAGGGGAGCCCCCGUCCAUGCUCAGGUACGAGGAGAUGACUGAGCGCUGGUUCCCGCUGGCCAACAACCUUCCUCCCGACCUGGUUAAUGUCAGGGGGUACGGGUCCGCCAUCCUGGACAACUACCUCUUCAUCGUGGGCGGCUACAGGAUCACCAGCCAGGAGAUCUCCGCGGCGCAUUCCUAUAACCCCAGCACCAACGAGUGGCUGCAGGUGGCCUCCAUGAACCAGAAGAGGUCUAACUUCAAACUCGUGGCUGUUAAUUCAAAACUCUAUGCCAUUGGUGGGCAGGCCGUUUCUAACGUUGAAUGUUACAGCCCUGAGCAGGAUGCCUGGAAUUUCGUGGCACCCUUACCAAACCCUCUGGCUGAGUUUUCUGCGUGUGAGUGUAAGGGGAAAAUUUAUGUCAUUGGAGGAUAUACUACGAGAGACCGGAACCUGAACAUCUUGCAGUACUGCCCCUCCGCCGACACCUGGACGCUCUUUGAAACGUGCGACGUCCACAUCCGCAAGCAGCAGAUGGUGUCCGUGGAGGAGACCAUCUACAUCGUGGGGGGCUGUCUCCACGAGCUGGGGCCCACCCGGAGGGGCAGCCAGAGCGAGGACAUGCUCACCGUGCAGUCCUACAACACUGUCACCCGCCAGUGGCUCUACCUCAAGGAGAACACGUCCAAGUCGGGCCUCAACUUGACGUGCGCGCUUCACAAUGACGGCAUCUACAUCAUGAGCAGAGACGUGACCCUGUCCACCAGCUUGGAACACCGAGUCUUCCUCAAGUACAACAUCUUUUCGGAUAGCUGGGAAGCCUUUAGGCGUUUCCCAGCCUUUGGACACAACUUGCUGGUCUCCUCACUUUAUCUGCCCAAUAAAGCAGAGACAUGACUGAAUUGACUUAGCAUUUCAAAGAAACCUGGUUCAAGACCAAAAAAACAAAAAAAAACAAUGUCCAAUUUCGAGAGAGACUGAUUUUUUUAAAGGGAAAAUGUGGGUUUUAGGCCAUUUAUACAAAGGCUGUAAAUACGCUUACUUGAACUAAUUACUUGAAAACUUGUGGAAAAAAGAGACCAACUUUAUUAUUUUUUUAAUUAUUGAUUUUUAAAUUAUGGGAGCAAAUCCAUGAUAACGUUUUCAUACAGAUGUGAUACCCUUGGGCCAGUGACUGAAACUGAUCCUCAUAAAGAAGAUUGAUUGUGCCUGCUUGAUAAAGGGCCAAAGUCAAUAAUUGGCAUGAACUGUAAAGAUGAUUUUAAAAUCAGUUUUGUUUAGGUCACUUAUAAUAUCAUUGAUACCUUAAGUGAGAGAUUAUUUUUUUUGAUUAUUAAUUUACUUGACAAACAUAUUAACACUGUCUUUCUCCCCUGCUCACACCCGCGUGUAUUGCAGCGUGUUUAAAGUAGGUUCUAUGUUCGUAUAUUUUAUUUGCACACAACUUUCCAGGAAGCUUAUACCGGUGGAACCCAGCACCCGGUCCUCCCCCAAACCUGCAUAAAAACAUUCUCAGCUAUUUUUCCAGUCUUUUUUUUACAGUUAUGAAUGCUGAGUAAAUAGGAAGGUAUAACCUCUUAUUUCAUUUAUGUAGCAGAUUGCAGAUUUAUGUGGUCAGACAGGUUGUAUUGCUAGGCGUUCUGUAUUUCUUAAAAGAGGAUAUAUUGUUUCAUUCUGUUCUUUUAAAAGGACAGACCUCUACGUUUUUAAAAUCGAGUCUUAAAUUUAAGUGGGAAGGGAAGGAAGCACCAAAUAAGGGGGAAAAAUGCCUUUGAGAGUUACUUUUAUUGACUGUAUUUGACUUAGUUCUUUUUUUUUAAGUUUGAAACAGUAACUUUAUAUUUCGGUCAGGCACCUUUCUAAUUUAAUCUCGGCUUUUUAAUUCAUGCUUUGCUUUUGUGGGGUAAGGUGAGGGUAGCUUUGAAACGUGUGUGCUGGAGAGAGGGGAAGAAGCCCCUACAGAGAUGGAAUGGCAUCUGGUAGGAGUUCUGGAAUCUGGUAAGGUGCUCUGCUUGCCUUGGUUGUUAAAUCAUGUGGAACCCAGCUCAAGCAGUUGUUUACAGGAAGUCAGUUAACAAAUGAAUACAAUCUUCUGCCAGUUACAGAUCAGCAUUUCUUUAAAAAUAUACAGGCAUAUCUCGGAGAUAGUUCAGUUCCAGACCACUGCAAUAAAGCAAAUAAAGCAAGUUGCAAGAAUUUUGGGGUUUCCCAGCAUGUAUGAUGGUUAUAUUUACACUAUACUGUCGUCUGUUAAGUGUGCAAUAGUACUAUGUCUCGAAAAACAAU